GGGGAGGGUUUGGUCUAUAUAUUCACACACACACAAUUACACCAACUCGCCCUCUCCAAUCCCUCUUAUCUUGCAACUACAGAAUGGUAUCAUCAAAAGAAGAAAGUCUGAUUCAUGACAUCAAGAUCUCGACGGUUGGACCAGGAUACGUGUCUGGUCAAGGGGCGGUCCAAGAACUAACAAGCAUGGACUUAGCCAUGAAGCUUCACUACCUCCGAACCACUUACUACUUCCGAAGCCAAGCAUUAGAAGGGUUAACAAUUAUAAACAUUAAGGAAACCAUGUUCUACUGGUUGAACCACUGCUAUAUCCCUUGCGGCCGUUUUAGGCGGUCUGAAUCAGGCCGACCCUAUAUCAAGUGCAACGAUUGUGGGGUGCGGUUUAUUGAGGCUCGGUGCACCAUUACCCUUGAUGAGUGGCUCGAACUAAGAGAUGAUGCAAGACAUAAACUUCUUGUUCCUAACCAAGUCCUUGGUCCUGACUUGUCUUUCUGCCCACCGGUUCUAAUGCAGUUAACGAAGUUUAAAUGCGGAGGGACAUCAAUAGGGGUGAGCUGGGCCCACGUCCUUGGAGAUGCUUUCUCUGCUGCAGGCUUUAUGAACCUGUGGGGCCAAGCAACCAAGAGACAAUACCCGACCCAACCCCUCCGUAUGACCCGUUCAGACAAUAUGGGCCAUAACCCCAAAAGCCCAAUAAAGGAUCCACUUGCUGUAAAACGGGUUGGCCCGGUUGGUGAUCAUUGGACGAGCUCGAAUCACUCGAAAAUGGAAACAUAUUCUUUUUCUGUUUCUUGGCCCGAGCUGACGCGUCUACAGUCAAAGAUAUGUGGAGAUAAAAACCAUCAACAGAUGCCACCUUUCGAGACCAUUUGCACUGUGGUUUGGCAAUGUGUAGCCAAGGCUAAACACGGGUCGGAAGUGAAGGUCGUGACAAUCUGCAAACAUGGCUCAAAAAAGAUAUUUGAAGGCGUUAUCACAAACGAAGCCCAAUUCAUUAAGGUGGUAAAAACGGAAUCUUCUGUUGAAGAAUCAAGCCUUAUGGAACUUGGGUUGCUGAUUAUGAACCAAGGUGUGGACGUGCGAAGGAAUGUCAAGGAAGCAAUGGAGACCAAUACUGAAUUACCCGACUUCCUGGUAUAUGGAGCGAACUUGACUUUUGUCGACUUGUAUGAUGUUCCAUUUUAUGAGUUGGAUGUAAGAGGACAGACACCAGUUUACGUAAACUGCGCUAUUGAUAACAUUGGAGACGAAGGUGUUGUGUUGGUCCUUCCGGCACGAAAAAACCACUCAGAUGGCAUGACGGUCAGUAUAACGCUGCCCACGGAUCAUAUAUCAAAGUUUAGAUCCGUGCUAAAGAAAGAGUGGUCUCUUUAGCGAUCUUAAAAUGCAUAUAUGUAUUUCUUAUUCUAAUUUAAUUCUACCAUGCAAUUAUAUGUACUCGAGUGCAGAACCUUCGGGCUAAUGUGUGUUGCCCAUUGUGUACAAUAAAUCAUUCGUACUUUAAAAAGUACCGGUUUGUCUCUGUAUUUUUC